UCUAAAUUUGAACUUAAAAUAACAAAUAAAAAUUACCUUGUUUAUAACAAUGUAUUCAUCGUUAAUUGUUGCUACUUUUAUAACUUUAUUUACCUACUAUUGUAGCUCAUCGCCAAUCCUACCAUCAUCUAUAACACCAUGUAAAGGAACGGAUCCAAAUUUAAAUGAAUGUGCGAAAAAAGAAGCCAAUAAAUUUUUACCAGUUUUAGUAAAAGGUCUGCCAGAAUUUCGUGUUCCAGUUUUGGAUCCUUUAGUAAUACCUGAAAUAAAAGUUAAAUCUAAUGGUAAUCAAUUAAAUAUUUUUUUGAAGAAUGCUAACGUGACUGGAUUAGGUACAGCUUUUGUUGAGCAUUUUAAUUUUGAUUUGAAAGGGCACAAAAUACAUGCUACGUUAUCGAUUCCACAUUUGAAUAUACAGGGCGAUUAUAAAAUGAAUGGACGCAUUCUUGUAAUACCUGUACGAGGAAAAGGUCCUGCAAAUAUGGCUAUUAGUGAUACUCUUUUCAACGUAGAUGUUGAAUAUUCUGUAUAUAAAAAUGAAGAUGUCGAAUAUAUUAAAAUCGAUAAGUUCGAUAUAAGCUUCGAAAUUGGUAAUGCUGUUAUGCGUUUUGAAAACUUAUUUAAUGACGAUAAAGAAUUAAGUGAAAAUGCAAAUAAUUUAAUCAAUAAAGAAUGGCGUCAAGUAUUAAAACAAAUAACACCAGAAAUAUCUGAAACAAUUUCCGAAAUUGGAAUACAAAUUGCUGAUGGAGUUGCUCAAAAAAUAUCAUAUGCCGAAAUGUUUGGUGGUGAACUUCCAUAA